AUGGCCCAAGCUGUUAUAUCCAAACACCAAAACUCAAAUACUUUUUUAGAGAAAUUACCCUUUUCAGACCGAAUGUCAAGAGAUGAGGUAGCUCCUUUGGCCCAAAGCUUGGAUAGUCUUCGUAUAGAGGCAAACAGCGAUGGUGUGGGAAACACCAUCAAAUUACCAGCCGCAGUUCCGGGCACCCCUUCAACCGAUGGUCACGAAGGGAAUGCGAGCCCUUUGGAAAAGGCCAGUCAAAUUCCUGAAGCUGACAACAAUAAGGCGGCGUCGAACACAGAGCUCAAGACAAAGCACCCACUGCAAUGUAGUUGGACCUGGUGGCAUGAUAAUCCAGGGCGCAAAACUACUAUAAAUUCGUGGGCAUCCCACUUGAGAACAAUUUACACGUUCAACACUGUGGAAGAUUUUUGGAGUUUGUAUAAUAAUAUUAAGCCUGCUAGCGAGCUCCAGUCAGGCAGUGAUUACCAUUUGUUUCGCAACAACAUUGAGCCAAAAUGGGAGGAUGAGACCAACAAGAAUGGAGGUAAAUGGAUCGUACAGUUCCCGCCUAAAUAUGCCGAUUUAGACGAAAAAUGGCUCUGGACCGUUUUGGCUUGCAUUGGUGAAGUUCUAGACAGCAACACUGACCAAAUUUGCGGCGCGGUAGUGAGCGUCCGCAAGGCGAGCUCCAAGAUCGCCAUUUGGACGCGCGAGGCGUGGAACAAGGACGCCUGCUUAAUGAUUGGGAAAAACUUAAAAAAGGCCCUCGAGUUACCUCCGGACAUGACGAUCAAUUAUGUAUAUCAUUCCGAUGCGUUAAAAGGAAAAGCGGAAAAUCGGUACAUUCUUUAGUUUGGGUUAUGUUCU